GUUUUGUUUUUGUCUUUGUAGUAAAUAAAUACCUAUAAAAUUUACCUUUGAUUUUUACAUAAAUUUAGUUCUCUGACAACUCUUGGAUUUGGAAACAUAAUGGGCGAUGAAUAUGCAGCCGUAAAACGUGGAAAGUUAAUACUGAAAGGCGAUAAACCAAAGGCUAAGAAACGCAAGCAUAAAAAGAAAGAAAAGACGGAAGACGACAAAGUGGACGAGGACUGUAUAAAACACGGUGGUUGGUGGAAAGUUGAGAAAAUCGAAGAUGUAUCAGGAUCAAUAGCUAUUGAAUUUGGGAGGAACACGUACAUUUUAGCUCUAGACAAUGGAUUAUUUACUAUUGGAGCACCACACGGCGACGGGGAAGGUCCCUCGCCAGAAGAGAUAUUCACAGCAUUUCCAGCUGGUGACAAUAAAUUUGCCUUAAAGUCUGGAUAUGGGAAAUACUUAGGUGUGUCUAAGGAUGGUGUAGUGACAGGGCGGUCGGACGCUGUGGGGCCUAUGGAACAGUGGGAACCUGUUUGGCAAGAUGGAAAAACAGCAAUCCUAAGUUCACUAAACAAGUUCAUGUCAGUGAAUGAGGAUGAUGACUCAGUAGUUGCACGCAACAUUGCCGCAAGGGAUGAAGACGUGUGCAACAUACGUAGCAACAAGAGCAGGGAGGUCAGCCGGUCUGUUGUGGCCGAGGAAGAAGGGGACCUGACUGAGGUGGAGGUCAAUUAUGUUAAGAAGUUCCAGAAAUUCCAGGAUAAGAAGUUGCGCGUCAACGACGGCGGGGUGGUGGAGCUGAAGCGCGCCAAGACCGACGGCAACCUGCACGAGACUCUGCUCGACCGGCGCAGCAAGAUGAAGGCCGAUAGAUAUUGUAAAUAACUAGUAUUUAACAUUGAAUAGCUUUAAUUAUAUUAUAAAAUAAAUGUAAAUUAUUUUUAAUUGAA